AGCAAAUGCAGGCAAAGCAGGGAAUCUACAGAGGAGACCUUUAUUAUUCAUAAAUGAAGCCUGCCAAAACCUGCCCAAAAUAGCAUUCAAAGACCCUUUUAAGGUCAUGGAUCCUGAACAAAGCCAGAAAAGCACAAAAAAGGCUGAGGAAAGUCCCAGAAAGAGGCUUACCAAAGGAGAGGCUUUCCAAUCCAGUAUUUCAUCUGCCUCUGCGUAUCAGGGCAGCUCUGCUUCUUCGCAAGCAACCCCUCUUCGUGAUAUCAUAUCACAGCAGCACUUUUCUGGCUCCUUGCCAAUUCCAAGAGAGGAAUCUCAGGAGAAGACUGGACAUCAGAAGCAACCCAAGCAUUCCUCUUUUGAGCACUCUCCCCACGUUUCACAGCUUCAGCAGCAUCCAUUAUCACCAGCAUUUAUGUCUCCUGGAAAACCAGAGCAGAUCCUUGAAGGGCCCACAUGGCAGCUAGUCGAUCCAGUAAGACCGGGUCCUUCUGGCUCUUUUUCAUCACCUGGGCUUCAUUCUCAUCACAGCCAGCUCAUACCUUCCCAUUCACCAAUCCUUCCUGGAGAGGACAUGCCAUCCGUUCAAAAAGUCUAUAUCCCUCGACCUUCCCAAGUUUCCUUAAAACAAACUGAGGAAGUGCACAAGAAGGAGAAGAAACCUCAGAAGCCAGGCAAAUACAUUUGUCAGUACUGCAGUAGGCCUUGUGCAAAGCCAAGUGUACUCCAGAAACAUAUCAGAUCACACACAGGUGAGCGGCCAUACCCUUGCAUUCCAUGUGGCUUUUCUUUUAAGACUAAAAGCAAUUUGUAUAAACACAGGAAGUCUCAUGCUCAUAGAAUAAAAGCGGGGCUGGCCUCAGGAAUUGGAGCAGAGAUGUAUCCUUCCAGUUUGGAAAUGGAAAGGAUUGGUGGGGAGGAAUUUGAAGAACCUACUGAAGGAGAAAGCACAGAUUCAGAAGAGGAGACAAGUGCAAUGUCAGGUCAUUCAGUAGAACUAUCACCCAGGCGAAAGCACACCCUGUUAUCUAGUAGUUUGCAUAGUCUAGGAAGCCAAGGUUCCAGCCACGACCGGUGUUCAUUAUCCCAUUCCAGUAUGUCUCAGUCUCUUGAGGACAACACGCAGUUUGUGGAGCCUUCAUCUGAUCAUGCUUUGAGCCACAAAUCAGAAGAUACACAUACUAUAAAACAGAAGCUUGCACUCCGAUUAAGUGAAAGGAAGAAAGUGAUAGAUGAGCAGGCAUUCCUUAGCCCUGGCAGUAAAGGAAGUACAGAGUCAGGCUACUUCUCACGAUCAGAAAGUGCAGAACAACAGAUCAGCCCGCCAAAUACAAAUGCAAAAUCUUACGCAGAAAUUAUUUUUGGGAAAUGUGGGAGAAUUGGGCAAAGGACAGCAAUGUUAGCUGCAACCACAACCCAGGGGUUUCCGCACGUGUCCACUGAAGAUAAACCUAGCAUGGUACCAUUGUCUGUGCCUAGAACACAGGUUAUUGAACACAUCACUAAGCUAAUUACAAUUAAUGAAGCUGUUGUAGAUACCAGUGAAAUAGAUAGCGUGAAGCCUAGAAGAAGUUCGUUAUCUAGACGUAGCAGCAUUGAAUCUCCAAAGUCUGGUGUAUAUAGAGAACCAUUUCAGUUUGACAGCAAGUCUGGUUCCAGUAGCCAGUUGAAUGCAUCAAAAUCAUUGACAUCCCACGGUGAAAAAAUUAAGCCUGAACAAUCAUUGUUAUCACUUCAGCAAUCCCACAGUGCCACAGAGACAGUGCCUCUCCUAAGAAGCCACUCAAUGCCUUCUGCUGCCUGCACUAUAAGCUCCCCUCAGACCUUUAGAGGUAGUUAUUCAUUUGAUGACCACAUCAUGGAAUCUGAUGUCGUAAGCCGCAGUCAAGUGUUUUCUUCACAUCCUCGAAUGCUAAAACGACAACCAGCUAUUGAGCUACCUUUGGGAAUGGAAUAUGGUUCAGAGGAGGUUAGCUCAGUAAGCAAAGAAACCGUUUCCAAACCUGCCGAAGAACAAGAAAUCAAGGAAAGUGAUCUGACCAGAAAGUCAAGGAAGGGUCCAAAAGUUAAAGGGUUCAUUUAUGAGUGUAAUAUCUGUGGUGCUCGAUACAAGAAAAGGGAUAAUUAUGAAGCGCAUAAGAAAUAUUACUGUUCAGAACUUCAGAUCUCGAAGCCUCGUUCUUCCAGUUCCCAUACCUCUGCAGACACUGAGAAAAGUCUUGUGGAUCCUGAUACAUGGCCGCAGAUGAUGCAUUACAAGCUGGGGACCGGUUUAGAGCUUACUCCACUCAGAAAAAGACGAAAAGAGAAGAGCCUUGGUGAUGACGAGGACCCUCCAGCUUUUGAGUUGCCUGAAACUCCCUCAUCCAGCAUGAGGCCAGUAAGUCAGUUUACUAACCCAGCAUCAUCGGAUGUUGCUUUGAACUUACCCCGUGAGUCCAUUAAGUCACCAGCCGAUACAGGUAAAGCCAUGCCGCUCACCGAAGUCAGUGCUGGCUUUCACUCCAGAACUACAAAGCCAGCUUCUAGUACAGAAAGCAAAGAGAGAAGAAAAACUUCAAAAGAGAUAUCUGUCAUCCAGCAUACAAGUUCCUUCGAGAAGUCUGACUCUAUAGAACAGCUGAGCGGCUUGGAAGCAGAAGAAAAACCUAUAUCACAGUAUUCAUCUCAGCCAGCAAUGCAGCACAGUAGGCCAUCUCAUUCCCUGCAGCCAAAGCUGGUACGCCAACCCAACAUCCAGGUCCCUGAGAUUCUUGUCACUGAAGAGCCCGAUAGACCUGAAACUGAGCCUGAGCCACCUCCUAAAGAGCCAGAAAAAACUGAGGAAUUUCAGUGGCCUCAGAGAAGCCAAACUCUCUCCCAGCUUCCUGCUGAGAAACUCCCACCAAAAAAGAAAAGGCUGCGGCUGGCAGAAAUGGCUCAGUCUUCUGGAGAGUCCAGUUUUGAGUCUGUCUCCCUGACGAGAAGUCCAAGUCAGGAAAGUAGUAUAUCCCAUGGCUCCAGCCAUUCCAUUUCAUUUGAUCGUGAAGAAUACAGUAAAUCUGAGGCUGUCAGCCAGCCCUCCGAAUCCCAUACUAAACCCCUUGGCAUUGGCUCACAUAUGUUAAUGGUACCGAGCCACCAUCAUCAUUCCAGGGAAAUGCGAAGAUCUGCUUCUGAGCAGACCCCUAAUGUGUCUCAUCCUUCUCAGAUGUCGGAGCCCCGUAGUAAAUCAUUUGACUAUGGGAGCUUGUCGUCCUCUUCUGCUUCAACACCUGGCCCUUCACUUUCCUCGGCUCCACAGGAGAGGAGGAAGUGCUUUCUGGUUAGGCAAGCAUCUCUCACCAGGCAUCCAGAGCAUGAGACAGACUCAGCCCCAAAAGGAAGGCAAGAGACAGAAGAACCAUUGCCUUCUUCCAGUAAAUCUCCUGUCACCAGUUUGCCCCAUCAGCCUACAUCUUCGUCGUCCUCAUCCUCACAUGGAGAUAAGAGUCAGCCAAAAGAUAGCCCUCAGCAUGUGUACAGCCAGCCAUACUCUGAGGCUCUGCAGGCGUUUCAUCAUCCAAUGCCACAACUAGCCCUGCAUGAAAAACAGCGUAUGUCCCCACAAGUCUCUCUCUUCCCUUUCCAGCACCUUCUGCCGCAGCCGGGACAGUCUGCAGAGCUCUUCUCCACUCAUACGAUGUCCGACAUCCUCUCUGCUCAAUUUCCUAUGCCACAGAUUCCUCCCUCUAUAUUUCAGACACCACCACUUCCUCUCCAGCAGGCUCUUCUCCACCCAGGCCAGCUUCACGUUGUCCCUCCGUUAAUGUCACAUCCAGCAGAAGUACCAUUCAGGCAGCACUCUUCAUUCUUACCUGUCCAUUACCCGGGCUCCUCACCACUCCCUUCUGCAUUUUUUCUACCUCUACAGUCUCCGUUUGCUCUCCAGUUGCCGGGUGAGGUUGGUGGCCAUUUACCGCAGAUCAAAUCCAGUGUCUCUCCACCAGCAGGGGCCUCCAGCCUUUCUCCAUGCACAGAAUACAGCUCCGACAGCAGGUUACAUCCUUUGACCUGCACAGCCAGCCCUUCAGCCUCAGUCUCCACAUCUCAGCUGAUGGUUCCUACAUGUCCGGAUCCUAUGGUAUCACUUGUAGUCCCCGUUCGCAUUCAGACUAACAUGCCAACCUAUGGGAGUGCAAUGUAUACUACUCUUUCUCAAAUCCUAGUCACUCAGUCCCAGUGUAGUCCAUCUUCUAUUGUCCUUCCAAAGUUUGAUGAUCGCCAACCCAAGGGUGCCCUGGUGUGCAGCUCUGAUGUUCAUGGAAUAGGCUUCGAUUUGGCACAGAUGAUCACAGAGGAUCAAAGAAGCAUCUUCCAGACUCCGUAUCUGAGAGUGCCAUUGCCAUUACCAGAAAGGAAGGGCUAUAUGCCACUCACCUCCCCAUCAGAAAGUGUCCUGGGAUUGGAAGGGGGCUCAUCAACAGUUGGUGGAAGCAAGCGGAUGCUCUCUCCAGCUGGUAGCCUGGAGCUGACGAUGGAAACACAGCAGCAGAAAAGAGUGAAAGAGGAGGAAGUCUCUGAAGUGGAAGAAAAGUUGGAAGUGGUGAAGCCACCCAGUGCAAUAGAGGAGGGGAAAAAGCAGGAUAGAUCUCACUUUCUGGCAGAGAGCCAAGGCCGGCUUGAGGUUGAAACUCCACCUAAUUUGUCCUCUGAGCAAUCCGAGCCAAAGGAAAUCCCAAGUACUAUGCCACCAGCCUUGCCAUAUUCAGGUGCUUUGAGCUUUGAGGCACUGGAGGAAUACACACCACAAGCUGGCAAGCAGUUCCGAAGCAAGACACCUUUGCAGACAGUAAAGAAGGAAGACUCCAAAGAGCUGGCGGAACACCCCCUACCAAAUCCUCCGAGCCCAGCACCUCAUUCUGAUGUCACACAAAGUGCAAUGAAGUCUCGAGAAGGUACAGAUCUGAAGAAGGUAUUUCAGUUCCCCAGUCUCCACACAACUACUAAUGUCAGUUGGUGCUAUUUAAACUACAUAAAGCCAAAUCACAUCCAGCAAGUCGACCGAAGGUCCUCAGUGUAUGCCAGCUGGUGCAUUAGCUUGUAUAAUCCCAACCUCCCAGGUAUAUCCACUAAAGCAGCCCUCUCACUCCUGAGAUCCAAGCAGAAGGUGUGCAAAGAAAUCUAUACCAUGGCUACAGCUCCACGUCCAGAGACAGGCAGGCUUGUGCCGUCCAGCUCCAGGAAGCCAAAAAUGACGGAGGUUCAUUUGCCUUCACUCCUUUCCAAUGAAGGUCGAAAAGAUUUAACUAGAGCUGAGAAGGAAGAGGAUAAAAGAGGCAAAUCAGAAGAAGAGGCUCCCAUAUCCAAAAGAGGGGAGCCAGCCAGGAUCAAGAUCUUUGAAGGAGGGUACAAAUCAAACGAAGAGUAUGUGUAUGUGCGAGGCCGCGGAAGAGGGAAGUAUGUAUGUGAGGAAUGUGGAAUUCGCUGCAAGAAACCCAGCAUGCUGAAGAAACACAUUCGCACGCACACAGACGUCAGGCCAUACGUCUGCAAGUACUGUAACUUUGCAUUUAAAACCAAAGGGAAUCUGACUAAACAUAUGAAGUCAAAGGCCCACAGCAAAAAAUGUCAGGAGAUGGGCGUGUUGGUGUCUUCACUGGUGGAGCUGGAAGCUGAAGAAGGAACCAGUGAAGACCUAUUCCAAGAUUCCGAAGGGAGGGAGGGAUCCGAGCCUAUUGAGGAGCACCAGUUUUCAGACUUAGAGGAAUCUGAUGAUGACGAUGACAAUGAAGAUGAUGAAGAUGAGGAGGAAGAGGAGAGCCAAGAUGAGCCACCUUUAAAGUUUUCAGAAGCGAAACAUACCUCCCUUCCAAUGCACUCUUCGGGCAGCUCUCCAUCUGCUCCAGAGGAAUGCACCGGGGCAGCAUUGUCUUUAACACAAGAUAUUGUCUCCAGCAGCCAGCAAGUAGGCAGGGGCCACCAAACCACCUCCUCAGGGCUGGAAACACAAUGGUCAGCAGACAGUAGUGAAGUUGCUGUUUGCCACAGCUUCUUGAGUCUCCAUAGGCCAGCUUUGACCUCCAGUGAACAUUUGGCUUCUGCUGAAAGGGAAUCUGUCACAAAGCAGCACAUGUUCUUAGCUAUGGACCUGUCAACCUCAAAAGACACCUCCCCAAGAAAGAAAUGGUCUCCAGGCAAGGACUCUGGUGGUGGUGGCGGCGGCAGCAGGCCAAUGCUAGCUAGAAAGCACUUGUUAACCAAAAAUGAAACUUCACCUAAACGUUUCUCGCCAACUGGAGAAAUGUCUUCGCUACGGUGCCUGUCUCCAGGAAGAGGGAUGUCACCGUGUCAGCGCAUGUCGCCAAGAAGGGAGGCAUCUCCGCUGAGAUGUGUGUCACCAAGGCUUGAGCUGUCACCCGGAAGGCACCCUUCCCCAAGAAGAGAGUUAUCCCCAAGAACGUACCUCCCACCAGAGCGGGGGGUCUCCCCUGUGAGGCAUUUGUCUCCCAGCAAAGAGAUGUUGUCAGUCAGAUAUUUAUCACUGAAGAAAAUGUUGCCUCCAGUCUGUUCAGAGUCACUUUCUAGAUAUCCAUCCCCAGGGAAAGAGGACUUGCCUUGUAGUAGCAAAUCAGCUGCAGAUGACCAAGUUCAAAGCUCAUUAAAAGUCCAGCAUGGAAUAUUAGCUUCAAUGCCUCUACCUCACAGGUUCCUUGGCAAAAGUGCAGAGCUAUAUGAGUCCAAGUUGAAGAUAGAACCUCGAAGUCCAGCAUGUUCACCUGGCAUCACACAGCCUAUCUGCUCCAGACCCUUGCAAGCAUCCCAUGAACUACAUGUCCAUGCUCCGAGCCGAGGGGAAGAGAAUGUCUUCAGCCAUCUUCCGUUGCAUUCACAGCAGCUAACAAGGACUCCAUAUCCUAUGAUUCCAAUUGGGGGCAUCCAGAUGGUCCAGGCCAGGCCAAGUACCCAUCCCAGUUUGAUGCCCAAUUCAGUUGUGUCACUGCAAGCAGGAUAUUUUUCACCUGGUGGCAAUGGCAGCAGCAGCUUUACAGAAUUCAGCCAGGCUGAGGAAAGGGGCAAGGAACCACAGGUCCCACAAGAAUCUUCAUCCGUAUCCCCAGCUGCGAAGGUUUCUAAAUACACACUGUCCCCACAGCUUAAAGGCAGCGGCUACUUAGAAGAGAAAAUGAGGACUAGUGAGCAUCAGCAAAAGACAGAACAGGAGGAAUACAGGGUAAAAAAGUACGCUGAGCCCAGCCCCUCAGAGCAAGAAGGCUGCUCAGCUCCCACCGACUGUCCGAGCACAAAUUAUGAGCACUCUCCAAAGCCUUCAACAAGCGGGGAAGAACCCUUGAAAAAACCGGGCAAGAAGCAAUGUGGCAGCUCAAGCACUUACUUUGAAUCAUCCUGCACUUUCAUCUCAGAUUUCCCCGCACAGACGUUGGACAGAAGCAGCAGCACCGGCUGCUUGUCGGAGCCCUCAUUGAGCCAUUCACACUCCCACCAGUUCUCCAUUAGGAGAAGGAACCUCUCGGGAGAGCCAAGUCACCAAGGGGGAACCCAUAGGAAGAGCAGCCCACACUUAGAACGCACACGGUUCAGUCAAACUCAAAGGCAGGUGGAUGAGAAUACAGGAAGUACUUAAGCCUCCAUUCAUCUCUUCCACCUCUAGGCUUCCUAUGUAAAUCAACAGACAUUUUCAACACUAUUUCCUUUAGUAUAAUCAUCGCUAUAAGAAGCACUCCUAGUGUAUGACCAAACCCAUGGAAGAUUCUUGGUUUUCUUUGUCCCAGUCUGGUAUUAUCUCCACAUGUAUGCAGUUACUUGUGCCUUUUUCUAUACCUUUUGUUGCUUGAAAUGUACAAAAAUGUUUGAGGCUGUGAAUAUUUUUUUAGAGUUUUUUGGAAAGGGGUUUGUUAGACCUUGUCUUUUUUGCCAUUUAGGUGUGUGUUCAUAUAUCCUCGAGAGAUGCAGAAAGGAAAAAGUUAAGCAUUUUAAGCGGGAAGAAGAUGCACUGAAAACAAAAACAAAAAAUCUUUUUUAAUAUUGAUUAAAUGAUUAAAAAAACAAACCCUUUCUCCUGUGUACAGAUGUUUAUGAUUCAUAUUUAUUACCUGCUUUAUUUAAUUCUUGGCAAAGUGCUUUUUUUUUUCUUGCAUCACUCUGGUUGCCUAUCUUUGUGCUUUAAACAGUUGCGACUGCUUUACAUUUGAAAAUGUGUUUACCCUGAAUUGUAAAUGAAACUAGCACUUAUUUUAGAAUGGGAGGCCCAUUAGCAAUGAAUGCAAAGGUCACUCCAAAAAGAAGAAAAAAUCUCAAACGCACCUCCCUUCUGCAGGACCCAUAAAAGCACUUUUUAAAAAAGCGACAAAAGGGUUCUUCGAAGAUUUAACUGCAAGAAAACAAGGAUGUAUCGAAUGUAGAACCAGUUCUGGGAAUGGCGUUGAAUGGUUUUUAAAAGGGCCAUUCGUAGGCUUGCUUUAAUAGUGACAUUCCGGGGCUGGCUGCUCUUCUGGGGCUCAGUCUGGUAGUGGUGCCGCUUGCACUGCAGGAGUGAGAGUCAUGCCCGUGUCACCCUGAAGCCCCGUUUUCUGGGGUAUAGAAGCCCUCUGUCACCAUUCUCUCCUGGGUUCAAAAUGAAAAUAAAAUCUCAGCCUUGCAAACAAUUUCUGGCCAUACUUUUAUUUAUAUUUCUACAGCCCCUGCCUUCCCAAAUAAUUCCAAUGAGCCCUUUUUAAGGAAAAAGUUAUAGGGAUGCAAUAAAUAGCUCAUGUGCUCUUUUAUUUGCACACCUAUGGCUUUGUAACCCACAGCUGGCUCCAGGGCGUAUUUUAUUUUAUUUACUUAUUUAAAUGAAGUGUUGCAGACACCUAGCCUACAUUGUGUGGAGGGGCCUUUUUGGUAUUUCAUAGACAGAGGUUCGGAUGACUGAGUGGAUAAUGUAUGAAAAUUGGCCUGUUAUGCAUGCAUAGUGACUUUUUUCAUAGCAUAUUUUUAAAUAUGACCAUCUCUAGCAGAGCGAUGGCCUCUACUGCCAAUAGAUGUGAUACCAAAUACGGAGAGACGUGAUGGAGCCAUUCUGCUCUGUUGUGUUAACACACUUUUUAAAAUACAAACGUUCAAUGCAUAUUUCCCCUAAUAGACAGCAGGCUCUUUACUGCUUCAGAGGGCUUUCCAGUCAAUGGAAUCUGUACAAACACUUUUUUUUAAAGAAAACAAACAAACAAAAAGAUAGAAAUAUUUAACCAAUGGGCCAGUUCUUUCUUCUUUCGGAGCUGGUCCAGUUUAUCGGGUACAUAAUACACUUUUUAAAAUAAUAAUAAAUCAAAUAUAAUCCUGAAUGAGGACAUAUUACCUUGCCAGACUUGAUGAGCUAUAAUCUGCUCCCGACUGACGGGUGAAUAAUAUGAGGUGUUUUUAAUAAACUUCUGUGAUAUUUUUUCUUUUGGUGUAAAGGGAAUUAAGUUCAAAAGAAGAUCCCAUGGACAUAACAUUAAGAUUGUGACACCAACUAAACCAGUGUUCACUGGACCCCUCCAUUCCUGACUAGCACUUUUACCUCAUUUUCCUUUUCCCCGACCGCCCCACUGCAUAACUCUGACCCCCAAUCCUCCAGUCAGACCCAAGCACAUCUCACUGCAGGAUUGUGGCCCGUGGCCCGACUCAGCAAACCAUCUCUGUUCAGGAAAACAUGGUUACGUCCCAUUCAUCUUAGUGGGAAUUAAGCACAUGUUUAAAUGCUGUGAUGAGCAGGGAUGGACUGUGGCAUCAGGGCCCGUGCAUGAGCAUCAUUUGAACCCAUCCCUUCCCUCCACAAUGAUACAGCUUUGAGUUUCCUGGCUAUGGCUGCUUCUCUCCUUUCUUUCCCCUUGUCACAUUCUUAACAUUAUUUCAAGGUAGCUUUAUGUAUUGAAUUGUUUUUUUUAUAAUUGAAAUUGUACAUAAAGAGAAAUAAUGCAGUGGUUGUACACAGCAUCUAGUUACAUUGAGUGCAUGAGACGUUCACUUUGGGCUAGAUCAAAUUUGCUUGGCUUUAUUUUUUAACCAUAUUUUAACCCUUGACCUGUCAGCACAUUGGAAAGAGCUUGUUUUUUUUUUUUCUGUCACUUCUGAGGGAAAAACACAAUUCCCUCAAUAUCUUAGCUUGUUGCUUUUGUUGUUUUUCUUCUUUUGGUCGUGUGCAGGAGUAAUCUGUACUCUCUAUGCAUGUAUGUACAUCUGUGAACACAGGCACCAUUGUAAAUUCUAGGGGAGUACAGGCAGAAAUUCCCAGACCGCAGGCCUGCCCUGGAUUCCCAGUGUGGCACAUCUCCUGUAGUUUUCGGGGAGAAGCUAGGAUUGGGGUGGAAUUCUGCCUCAUGCUCCCUCUACUGGGUGCAGCAGGUGCCUAUGGCAGGUCAGAAUUAGCCACCUAGGAUCAGAAAAAGAAAAACAACAUCGAUAUGUGUGAGCAAAAUGCUCAUGUUAGUUUGGCUCCAAAACUCCAAGGGAAACAGUGCCCCCCACCAAAGCAUGAUGGUCUCUUGGUUUGAGCACAGGUUUAGAGGACAGAAAUACCCAAACUCUGAACCCAGCUCUGCCAGUAAAUCAUAGGGUGACCUUGAGCAAAACACUCAACUCCUCUGGAUCAUAUUCUGAGAAGGUGUAAACAGGUGCAACACCAUUGAUUUAAGUGGAGUUGCACCUGUUUACAUCAGGUCCCAAUUACCGAGCAUCGUACUCUCCACCUUGUGCACUCCCAGGAGUAAGUGCUGUGCUCGCUGGGAAGUGUUUGCAGGCUUGAACUCUUACUAUGGCUUUGUGUCUAUUCCUCCAUCAGUAAAUAGAGGAGCAUCAAUCCUGAUUUACCUUUGGAGGGGAGGAAUCAGUUAAUAUGUGCACAAGCACUUUGUAUCCCAUGCUACAAACGAGAUGAAUAAUACAAAUAACAAAUUAAAAAACAGGUGGAAAAGUAUUUUUUUUAAAGUCCCUGAAUUUCAUCUAUGCCCGAGGUUCCUGGCUGUGGUCCAGGAAGCACCAGUGAUCUGUGGAGUACUGGAUGUUGACCCACAGAGAGCUGGCUUUUCACGUGGCUCCAGUUAUCCUUUUAUCUAGCUGCUGAAUGUUCCCCUAAUGUUCCCUUUCCAUGGAAGCCAUUGCUUGGGGUGCUACUCAAUGGCAAAUGGGUCUGGCUGUGUCCAUGAGAGAAUCUGUCAGUGAAAGACCCAUCUUAUGAAAUAAUUUGACUCUCCCUGCUCUCAAUGGACUCAGUCAUGCAAUGUGUUGAGCACUCUGCCUUGGUCCAAUAAAGCAAAGCACUUAAGCAUGUGCUUAACAUUAAGCAUGCAAAUAGUCACAUUUACUUCAAUGUACUUAAAGGUAAAGCACAUAUUGAACUUCUUUCCUGGAUCAGGGCUGGAGUGCUCAACAUCUUUCAGGAUUGAGCCCUAUCGGUGUCUGCUCCCAGACACAUCCUGCAACCUCGCAGCAGAUCAUUGUCAGCCCAAAUUAUUUAUAAAUGGUCAGUUUAUUGCUAGAUACCCAAGAAAUACAACAGGAAACUCUUAAACCUAGUGAUGCAGUAGCUGUGGCUUUAUUGCUUACAACUGGGGGAUGUGUGUUCAUCACCUGUUCUUACAGGGCAACGUUU